CUUUUAAUUUUUUAAAGUUUUAUUUUUUUCAUUUUUUUAAUUUUCGGACGAAUUUAUUACAUUAUUAUUAUGCUCUUUUUCCAAAUUUUAGGUUUAAAAGUUUUCUAAAUUAGAAUUUUAAAGAUUUUCUUAGUUUUCCUUUUUGAAUUCUACUAAUUAUUCAUUUAAAUGUCCGAUUUAUUCUUCUAAAAAUCCAUUUUUUGGUUAAAAAUAUCCAUUUUAUUCUUCGAAAAAUUCAUUUUUUGGUUAAAAAAAUCCAUUUUUUUGCUAUUCUUUUAAAUUUGAAUUUUCCAUUUAAAAAUCUUGAAUUUCUCCUUUUAAAUAUUCGGUUUUUUCUAGCAAAUUUUGUCUUUCUUCUUUUAAAUUUUCGUUUUCGAUUUUUAGAUUUUCAUUUUACUUUUUUAGAUAUCCAUUUUCUUUUUAAAAAUCCUCGAUUUCUUCUUUAUAAUAUUGAAUUUCUUCUUUUAAAAUAUCUAUUUGAUCCUUUAGGUCUAUUUAUAAUUGUUCAUUUUAAUUUUCUUUUACUUUUUAAAUAAGUUGUUAUUCGUUUUGAAUGCUUUUGGAAUUAUGUUAUUGUUUUGUUAGUGUUUCAUUUAAUAUUUAUAUUUUAAAGUCUUAGUUUAAUAUUUAUAUGCUUUGAUAUUGAUCUUAUAAAUUUUGGAUUUCUUUUAAAAAAUUUUAGUUUUCUAAUAUUAAAUAAUCAUGUUAUGUUUUUAAAUUUUUGUUUUCUUUUUAUAAAUUCUCGAUUUCCGUUUGGAAUGAUUCCUUUUGAGCGUUUAAUUGUUAUAUUUCGGUUUAAUUGUUUUGGAAAUUUUAUGAAAUAAUUUUGUAGUUUUCGUUUUCCUUUAAAAUUUUUUCUUUUUCAUUUAAAAAAUUUUCCUUUUCAUUUAAAUUUUUUUCGUUUUCUUUUUUUAAAAAUUCUAAUUAAAAUUAAAUUUUUUCAUUUUCCAUUAAAAUUUUUUCCUUUUCAUUUAAAUUUUUUUCUUUUUCUUUUUUUAAAAAUUCUAAUUAAACUUAAAUUUUUUCGUUUUCAUUUAAAUUUUUUUCUUUUUCCUUUAAAAUUUUUUCGUUUUCUUUUAAAAAAUUUUCGUUUUCUUUUUUUAAAAAUUCUAAUUAAACUUAAAUUUUUUCAUUUUCCAUUUUUAAAAUUUGAUUUUCAUUUAAAUUUUUUUCGUUUUCCUUUAAAAAAUUUUCGUUUUCCUUUAAAAUUUUUUCAUUUUCCUUUAAAAAAUUUUCGUUUUCCUUUAAAAUUUUUUUAUUUUCCAUUUUUUGAUUUUCCAUUUAAAUAUUUUAAGUUUCCAUUUAGUUUUUUUAAGUUUCCAUUUAAAUUGUAAGAUUUUGGAUUUAAUUUGUUAAUUUUUAAUUUUCAUUUAAAAACUCUUCGUUUUAAAUAUUCAAAAGAUUGAUUUUUAUUUAAAAUUCUUCUUCUUUUUUUUCCAUUAUAUUGGCAAAUACAUUAAUUUCUUAAGAGUUUUCGUUUAUUUUUUAAGUUAAUAAUUGAUUUUCUUAAUUAUAUUUUACCUUUUCUUUUUCGAAAAAUUCUAUCUUUUCAUUUAAAAUAUUCAUUUAAGUAUCUUUUUCUGUUUUUUCUUUUUAAAAAAUUAAAUGUACACUAGCUAAUUCUUCUUCUAAAUUUUAGUUAUUUUUCCUCAAUUCUUCAUUGUUUUUUUCCAAAAUCUCCAUUUCUUUUUCCAGUUUUCUCUUCUUACUACACACUUCUUAAUAAUUCUAAAUAAUUUUCGCAUUCUCAGCUUCUAACUUAAUAUUAUUCUAUUAAAAUUUCUCGUUAUUUUCGGCUAAAUUAUUAAUAGAAUUAUGUAAAUUAGAUGUUUAUUAUAUUAAAUAACUAUUAUCUUACGAAAACUAUUCAUUUAAUUAUUCUUUUUACAUAAUUUAUUAGUUUUAAUUAUAAAUUUAGACAUUUAAAAGGGCAUUAUCUAAUAAAAGCUUGUUUUUAGUAUUUGUAAGUUCCUAGUUUUUAAUAUCGGCUUCUUUUAGUAAAUUUUCGCAUUGUUUUAGGGCAUUUUCUAGUUUAGUUUUUUCUAAAUUAAUUCGUUAGUUUAAUUGUAUGUUUUCCUAUAUAAUUAUUUAAUUUUCCUUAUUUUUUUCUUCUUUUUCAUUUUCAU